UAACAACAAGGAAGGGCGUAUAGUUUCAUUUUCACGCAAAUCUAAAGACGGUGGAGAGUUUUGUAACGCCAUUACACGCAAAUAAUAUACUAUUGUGCACUGUAAUGAACAUUUGAGGAUCCAUGGCAUUCCAGAUUCAAGUGCCUAUUUCAUUUCCAAUUCCAUUUUCAAUUCCAGUAGUACCUAGAAAAACAGAUCCUCUCAUAAAAUGCAUCAUAGACAACAAGGCAGACAGACUUCGCAAAUUAAUAAAAGGCAGAGAUGGACUGCGAGGCAGAGAUAUUAAUGGACUGUACCCUUCUGAAGACUGGAAAGAUGAUGUUACUCUGUUAUCUGCUGCAGUUAUAUGCAGAAAUGAAGAAAUCUGCACUUAUCUACUUGGAGAGUCGGCAGAUCCAAACAAACCCUCAACAAAUGGACAAACUCCUCUACAUUAUGUUGCAGUAACACUUGGAGUUCCUCUGAGUAUUGUGAAAAGAUUACUUGCAGAAAAAGCUAACCCAAAUGGACAUCAAUUACAAUUGUUUACUCCAUUGCAAUGUGCUGUUGAUUGUGACCGUGAAGACAUUGUCAAAGCACUUAUAGAGGCUGGAGCUUCACCUGAAAGGAACUAUGGGGUGAAUCCAGAGCUUGAUAAAAAAGUGGAGAGAAUGAUUUUUCGAUUAUCUUCACAAAGUCAAGUGUUUGAGAAAAUACAUCUGUUUUUCUCCCUUUUUGUGCUGUACGAACUAAAAAGGAGAUAGAAGUUUUCAGAAUCUAUAAAGAAAAUUUCUUUCAAAAGCAUCCUUUCAUUCAUACAGUUUUGUUUGAGGUGUAUUUUGGUGUCAUUGGUCCAAGUGCAGAUCAGUAUCAUCAGAGUGCCAUCAAGUGGUUAAAAGAUACAAAGAGUGCAGACAGAUACAUUGAGGGAGUCAUCAAACGCUUCCCAAAAAUCCCUCAGAAUCACUGGCCAGUUGCACUAAACUGCUUAUUUGCUGCUUUGUGUGUCAGUGAAAGUGUUUCUCUUCAGAUAUUCAAUGAUCUUGUGACAAUUCUAACAAACAGUCUUCAGCACUCUGGAAAUGCACAAGAAAUAAUCAAUCAUCUGAUUCUAACGAUACUCAAUGUCAUGAUGCAGAAGACGUCUGAGCAGAAACUGAGACUCAGUCAUUCUGUCUAUGAGAAGUUAUACAAAAAUCUAUUGCCUCUCACACAUCCUGAUUAUUCAAGUCUAAUUAGAGUUUGGACCUAUGGACUGUUUGCCUAUAUAUAUGAUAUUGCUCCUGAACUUGUAGCAUUGUCCUCUGUCCCAGAAAUGAUACUUAACACUGCAAUGAUAGAGAUGGAUGAAGUCAUGAAAAAAAAACUGCAAAGGUUGGAUGAAUCAUUGAGAAACCCAGGAGGUUCAAGUGCAGUGGAUAGUUUAUGUGAGGAGACUGCAGCUCUAUCAACUAGCCGGAAAAAGAAAAAAAAGAAGAAAAAAAUCAAGCAAGAGGUGGGAUCACAAGAAGGUGAAGGCCAAGAAGAACUAUUUACAGACACUGUAGUGACAUCCAUUGAGGAAUCAAAUUCAAGUGUGCAGCCAUUCACACAGACAAAUGAGAACUCAAGAAGGUGGCAUCAAACCAGCCGUCGUUGGAGGUCCAAGCUUGAGAAGCUAGCUAACACUGAUGCUAGCAGGACAUACAAACUGGGAAACCUUAUUCUUGUUCUUGACCCUGAAUUUCUGAUCGCUAAGGGAAGUGAUGGAACUCAAGUUUUCCUUGGUUUGAGGGAUGACGGCACUGAGGUGGCUGUGAAACGAAUGGAUAGGUUUAAUUACCAAGACCUCAAAAAUGAGGAGGAAUUUCUACGGCUUCCAGAACUUGACAGUCCCUCCAUUGUGCGAUAUGUGGACUUUGCAGAGGAUAUACAUUUUGGAUACCUUGUUCUUCAGCUUUGUGAGUACACACUGGAGGAAUAUAUCCAAGAUCAUUUACCAGAUGACACGGCUGAGAGAACUUUGAUUCUGAAGAAGCUGGUGAAGGAAGUUCUGUGCAGUUUACAGGUUUUACAUGACCAGCAGACCAAUGUGCUCCAUCGUGACAUCAAACCCCAGAAUGUCCUGAUUGACAUAAAAGGAAAAGCCAGAUUGGCUGAUUUUGGCAUAAGUCGUCGACUAAAACAGGGCGAAACCACUAUACGAACAAGAAUUGCUGGAACUAGAUGCUGGAAGGCAAAGGAAAACAUACACGAGAAGGUCAACACUGGGUACAAAAGGAGCUCUGACAUUCAGGUUGCUGGGAUGUUAGUGUACUACAUUGUCUCUGGAGGACACCAUCCAUUUGGUGAAGAUGUGGAUUGUGAGUACAAUAUUUUACGAGGAAGAUACUCACUGGAGCAUCUGGAUGAUGAUGUAGCGAAGGAUCUUGUAGAGUGGAUGAUCAAAGAAAAUCCAAAUGAGAGACCAACUGUGGAGCAAACCCUCGCACACCCCUUCUUUUGGGCUGAUGACAGGAGAGUGCGGUAUCUGAAAAUUUUGGGAAAUGAGAAAGAGGCUGAAAACUGUCGUAAUGCAGAUGAGGAGCUCCUGAAUGCCAUUUCAAAACACACAGAGGGGAAAAGCUUUUCUGAAUGGAAGAAUAAAUUGCCGUCUGAGCUUGUCCAGAAACUGGAUGGUAAGAAGAAACCCUAUCCUGAAAACACACUGGGCCUGCUGCGAUUUCUACGCAACCUACACGAGCAUUAUCCAGAGGAUGCAGAGAGCAUCAACCUGAUGGCUUCAUUCCCUGAUCUGUUUGGGAGUGUGUUCAGCUUAGCGAAGGAGAGAGGAUGGAACUCCAGGGCGAGUCUGAAAAAGUUCUUCAGCUCAACUCCACAGAUCUGAUUGUUGUAUUUUUUUUAUGCAGUGUGUGCAUUGAUUCUGCAUUAUGAAUGUGUUUAAUGAAUGAGUUUAAAUGUAGGAUUUAAGAUCCUCACACUUUUUGUAUUUGAUGAGCUAAGAUUCAUCCUUCUACAAACGAGGUUCUGAUGAUUGAAAAAUAUUAAUAAUAAUAAAAUAUUAAAAGAUAAAAAAAAACAAUUAUGCAAAAUGUUAAUAGGGUAAUUUGAGUUAUUGCUUGAGUCAUCUUGUGGAAAAUAUGUAAAUAUCUCGUACCCAGAUUUCUUGUGCCAGUACUAAAAAACAAACAAACAAACAAUGUAACUCUCUCUCACACCCCUGAACUCUUUGUAUUGGUUUUUCCAUCUUGUGCCCAUAUAUGGUUUUCCUGUUCCUGCUCUCAUUAUGUCAUUAUUAGUAUAUCACCUGUGUCUUAAUUAAGUUCAUUGUAAUCACCUGUCUUUAUAAGUUGGUUUCAGUUCAGUGUUUAUCGUGCGGUCUCGUCUAUGUGCACGUGUGUUCCUGCCCUGCUUGUGGAUUUAUCUGUUUGGAAUAUAUUAAAUUUUGAUUUCCUUGACCUUCGUCUUUGUGCUUAACCUUCACAUGUAGUUGUUACACUAUCAGACUUAUUUUCUUUCAAAAAAAUUAUAAACGUUUUAGAUUUUGUAUUGUACAUCUAUGUGUAAAUAAUGAACUGUGAUUGUAUCGUUCUGAUAGAAA